GCCAUCCUGGUCUACAAGAGCUAGUUCCAGGACAGGCUCCAAAGCUACAGAGAAACCCUGUCUCAAAAAAACCAAAAAAAAAAAAAAAAAUAGAGUGCUUUGGGAUGAGGGGAAAAUAAAAAAGAUACAUAAAAAAAAUACAGUGCUUUAAUUUUGACAUACAAGACAAGAUAAUGCAAGGUUUUCUCCAUCUACCUUUGCACAAUCCUAUACAUAUGAUCACAGUUUUAGGAAAUGAAAUGACAAUGAGUUUUGUAACUAAUGUCUCUUCAUGUACAAACUUGAGCAGUUGCGGAAGGCUAGGUACAGGGUGGGGGCCCAUAUUCUCAGGCUGUUAUUUUUGUUAGAGUUAAGUUUCUCAGUGUUUAAAGAUCUGGUUUUGUUUUUCUCGAAAUUCUUUUGCAUGCUGACUUUGAAGAUUUAUUUUGUUUUUAAUUCUGUCUGUGUAUGGGUAUGUGCACAUACAUCUAGCACCCAUGGAGGCCAGAGGAGGGCAUCAGGUCCCCUUCUGGAGUGACAGGAAGUUGUGAGCAGCCUGUAGUGGCUACUGGAAGCUAAACGCUGGUCCCUGCAAGAGCAGUAUGCAUGCGUAAUCUCUGAGCCAUCUCUGGCCCCUUGAGUCCUGACUUUUUUGUUUGCUUGUUUGUUUGUUUGGAUUUUUCGAGACAGGGUUUCACUGUAGCUUUUGGUUCCUGUCCUGGAACUAGCUCUUGUAGACCAGGCUGGCCUCGAACUCACAGAGAUCCACCUGCCUCUGCCUCCCAAGUGCUGGGAUUAAAAAGCUGGAUCCACCCGCCCAGCUGAGUCUAGAUUUUUGAGGAAUUAUCUACUUCAUGUUAUGUGUUCAUCCCUGGCAUUAGGCCCUGACUAUGACUGAAUGGGGCACAAAGGCCAGUACCCUCAGGACUUACGCUUCAUUGUGGUAGUUGUGAUUUGGUCAUUGGUUACAAUGGGCUAUGCAGCUCUGUAAGUCCUUCAUUGCUGAUGGUUUCAAUGGUUAGCUGUCUUUGUGAAGAUGAAAUGACCUCUCUAAAUGAAGUCUAGGGAUGUGACGUAUAAGGUGAUAUUUCACUUUGUUUCUAAGCUGUUGCUUUAAAAAAUACAGAUGAGUUUGAAGUAGUUUACAUUUACCAAACACCACAGUAAGAAUAUGAGAAAAAUCGGUUGGUGCACACCUUUAAUUCCAACAUUUGGGAGGCACAGGCACGAGGAUCUUUCUAAGUUUGAGAUGGUCUAAAGAAUGAGUUCCAGGACAGCCAGGGCUACACAGAGAAACCUGUCUAGAAAAACAAAGAUAAAAAACAAGAAAGAAAGAAAAAAACCACUGGAGACAGAGACAGGAGGAUCUCUGUGAGUUCCAGGACACCCAGGCCUACAUAUUGAGACCCUAUCUUAAUAAAUAAAUAAAUAAACAAAUAAAUAAAUAAAUAAGAAAGGAGAAAAGGAAAGAAAAGCCCCACAUUUAUUUCAGCCGUGAGUCAUGGACAAGCUGUAAUCAUAGCUGGUGAAUAUCUUCACAGGUUUGAAUUAAUUUUCAUACUAAUUCCAUAUCUGUCUCUACAAAAUACUAAGUCAAAAUUUAUAAAAUGUAUAUAGAUGCUUUUGGUGAUGUAUUCGGCCCAGCAGUGGUAGCACACGCCUUUAACCAGCACUCAGGAGGCAGAGGCAGGCGGAUCUCUGAAUUCGAGGCCAGCCUGGUCUACAGAGCGAGUUCUAGGAAGUCAGUGCUACACAGAGAAACCCUGUCUCGAAAAGCCAAAGAAAGAAAGAAAAAAGUGAUGAAUUAUGAGCAUGGCUCAGAGAUUUUGUCUUAUUUACCCAAAGAUGCCUGCUACACAGAUUGACAUGGAUUUUCUUAGGAUGAAGCGCUCCCGACUUUAAAAAUAUGCCAGAGAUGAAGAAGUGCGGGUAGAGGUGUGUUUUCUGGUAUAACCCUUUGCUUCACUGAGAGGCCUCCUUAUCCUGCCCCCACCCCUCACUUUACUUCUUUAAGCUCACUGUUAACACCGUGGCUCGUGCAACAAGGUCAGGUUACUGAUGAGGCUUUAAAGCAUCAGUUCCGGGGCUGGAUAGCUAAGUGGUUAAGAGCAUUUGCUGCUCUAGAGGACCCAGCUCCUGCUCCCAGCACCCUCACUAGCUCCAAAGCGUCUGUAACUCCAGGCACAGGGGAUCUGAUACCCUCUUCUGGCCACCGAGGGUAGUGCAUGUGUGUGAUUUGAAACUGGAUCCUCUGGAAGACCAGCCACUGAUCUUAACCCCUGAGCCACCGUUCCAGCCCUGUGUGUGGAUUUUGAAACAUGGAGCACACACAGAGAAAUAAUAAUGAUAAACCUUUAAAAAAAAAAAGCAUUUGCUCUUUUCUGGGAGGUUUCCUUGCUUUUUCACGAGAGGGUUUCUGGUCCACAUGCUUCGGAGAUCCCCGGAUAUGCAAAUACUGAAGCAACUUAGCUUAUCAAAGAGAAUAAACUUGUCUUCAAAUAGAGCGCUCAGGAUAAAUUUGUGAUCAGUGUCUUCCUCUGGGGUGGAACAUUACUGCUCCUGUGGUCCUUGUUCCCGCGAUUGGAAGGUUACAUACAUACAGGAAAUGAGGUUUUCCUCCUUUGUAAGUAAGUAGCAUAUAAUUUAGAUGACAGUCGGGUUUUGAGUUUUGCUUUCUUUUGUUUUUCAGACAUCCAACUCUGCCUAAUGAUAGAACUCUUAGUAAUACUGGUCACCGUGCAAUCUGCUUGAUAUCAUCCUAAAAAAGUACCAAACAUCCUGUCUAACAGUCUUUCAAACUUACUUGAACAAAUUAGCAUGCCAGUAUUUCUCCCGUCCUCGGGCUGGUAGAACACGAAGCCGAUGAGCAAGCGACCGUUUUAAAGGGGUCUUCUAAAAUGUGUAGAACUUCUUUUUUGUAAUGUAGAGAGGUUUUGUGUGCAUGUACAUUUGUGCUGUCUUAGGCUUUUCUAAUUCAAAAAGUUGAAAAUCAACCAGACUCACAGCUCAUUUGUAAAUAAUAGUUGGAAAGUUGAUAUGAGAUAGUUAGAUUCCUAGGGACCUCAUGAAGGCUCAUGAUCAUGUCUGUGUAAGAGAGAGAAACUGUGAUCUUCUGUCCUUCCUUUGUGGUUAGGGAAGGCGAUGUUUACUGGCAUGGGUGAUUCUUAGUUGCCCUCUUAGCAUCUGCUGUAGAAGCAGGUUUGUCUUUUUCCCUCUAGGAUGUUCCAACUUCUCCGCCUUUGCUCCGAUCAGAAGUUGCUUUGUGAGUUGGGGAUGUGGCUCCGUUAGUAGAGUACUUGCCUAGCAUUCAUGAAACCCAGGUCCCAUCCCCAGAACCACACAAAAACAGGACGCCGUGGUACCCACCUGAAAUCCCAGCUCUUGGGAGGUGGAGGCAGGAGGAGCAGAAACUCAAGGUCAUCCUCAGCUACGCAUACCCAGUUUGAGGCUAGCCUGGGCUACAUAAGACUAUCUUGAAAGAAAGAAAUGACUUCAUUGUGUGGUGUUGGGUGACUAGAUUUUAAGAGAAGAGCAUUUCCUCCUGAGAUAUGGAGAACGUGACGUUACAUUUCCUUUUGCGAAGAGUCUUCAGAAUAUAACAUCUAACAUUUCAGACUGGCUCAGUCCCAGGCAUAUUUUUUGCAAAUCAGCUACCCCUGUCUUUGAACUACUUCCUCCAGAAAAGUCUGGAUCUUCACAGCUUUCCUGAGCCCAGGGGUUCCCUUCUCAUCCCCAGAUUUCAACAACUUCCUCUUCCUGUCUUCUCCACUUACUCAGGAGAACAGUGUAAAAUCAUGUCUGCAUUUACUGAUUCUUGGUAAAUUCUGGGACAGGAGUUCGGAGGCGCUGGAGCACCGAGGCCAGAGCGAGCCUUCACAUAUCCCAGGGCAGAUGGUCAAAGGGAGAGGGAAGAAGGUGGCCACGUAUAAGCCAAAGCCUCAAGACAUGGGACACUUGCCUGUCAACUUCCCUCCGUUUUUAUUUGAGGUGUUUCUCUAUGCUCCCAUAGAUGAUGGGAAUAGCAAGGCCAAGAUUGGGAAUGACAUGAUUCUCUUUACACUGUAUAAAAAGGAGCCACUUAUGUGGGAGACCCUUUCUAUGCCGGGUGUUGACAAAGAGACAAUGCAGAGAAUAAGAGAAAAAUCUAUUCUUCAAGCACAGGAGAAAGCAAAAGAGGCCACAGAAGCAAAAGCUACUGCCAAGCGGGAAGAUCAGAGAUACACACUAGGUGUGAUGAUGAAGAUUGAAGAAGAAGAGAGGAAAAAAAUAGAAGAUAUGAAAGAAAAUGAACGGAAGAAAGCAACUAGAGAAUUGGAAGCCUGGAAAGAAAGUCAACGACAAGCUGAAAAGCAAAAGAGCAUCCCAAGGAAAGAGAAAUGCCAACGGGGAAAACAAGCUGAAGAGAGGGGAGUACCGAAGCCCCCGAGUUUGCCCAGGAAGGCCCCGUCUGCUGCUCGCCUCCCCCAAAGAGGGAGAAAUUGGGAAAACAUAUUUUCUGAGAAGUUAAAGGAAGACAGCGUUCCCGCACCACGGCCGGCUGGCAAUAUUCAAAUCAGCUUUACCCCUCGAGCAUUCCCAACUGCUCUUCGAGAAUCCCAAGUGGCAGAAGAGGAGGAGUGGCUGCAUAAACAAGCGGAGGCCCGGAGAGCCCUGAGCACUGAUCUUCCUGAAUUCUCUGACUUGAAAGAAGAAGAGAAGAAUCCAGACUGGUUGAAAGAAAAGGGGAACAAAUUGUUCGCAACAGAAAACUAUUUGGCAGCGGUUGAUGCAUAUAAUUUAGCCAUACGAUUAAACAGUAAGAUUCCAUUAUUGUAUUUGAAUCGGGCUGCUUGCCAUCUCAAACUAAGAAACUUACACAAGGCCAUUGAGGACUCUUCUAAGGCACUAGAAUUGUUGACACCCCCUGUUUCCGAUAAUGCCAAUGCAAGAAUGAAGGCACAUGUCCGACGAGGUACAGCGUUCUGUCAACUGGAAUUGUAUGUUGAAGGCUUACAAGAUUAUGAAGCUGCACUUAAGAUCGACCCAUCCAACACAGUUGUACAAAACGAUGCGGAGAAGAUUCGGAAUAUAAUUCAAGGGACAGCACUGAAGUCUCGUGACUAGCAGGAGCUAGGUACAGGAGUCAGUUAGUGCUCUGCCACUGUGAAGAGCAAACUGCCGGAGACCCCCUGGAGAGGCCUCCAAAGAGCGAUCCCAGCACUGGGGGGCAGAGGCAGCUGGGCUCUGUGAGUUUGUUGCCAGCCUGCCCUACGUGCUGAACUCCAGGUCAGCCAGAGCUGUUUCAAAACACAGAACCAAGCACAGAGAAUGGUUGGUUAUUCUAAUUCUUGGUCUUAGCACAGGACUUGGGCUUUGACGUUGCUGUCCUGAACUCUCCUGGCUGUUGGAAUCUCCUGGGGUUUCCAGGAUACUAUU